GCAUCAUUUCCCUUCAGCCUUCGAACUGGGAAGAAUGGGAUCCAUACUGUUGUGAUAGCAGUAUCACCCAUGUCCAUGUCAACAGCUAAAAUGUCGAGAUUUAAUUGAACCGUGCGGCUCAUUCUGCGGUUUUAGGUGCCUGUUUUCACUGGUUUGCUAACAGUGGGACGACCAUGUCGGGCGCUGCUGGCGGAGGCUCCUCUUGUCUGGGCGCAGCAGCAGGAGCUAGCUGCAGCUCCGCCGGUGUUCACGCUGCGGCAUCCGGGGGAGGAGCAGGAGUGGCUGGGAGGCUACCUGCUCGGGUCCUGGAACACAUUUUCUCGUAUUUAGACCUGGCAGAUUUGACACGGUGUGCUUUGGUGUGCUGGCAUUGGAGCAACAUUCUGGCGGAUGAAAAUAGCGAGGUGUGGCGCAGCCUGGGUGCUCGAACUCUUAGUGAAGAAGCUCUGCGAUCUGACAUUCUGUGUAAUCUCCCGUCAUACAAGGGCAAGCUCAAAUCCUUCCAACACGCUCUGAGCUCCCAUGACUGCUCUCGCAAUGUGUACGUGAAGAAGAAUGGAUUCACCCUGCACCGCAACCCCAUCGCACAGAGCACAGAUGGAGCGCGGGGAAAGAUCGGCUUCACGGAAGGGCGACACGCUUGGGAGAUCUGGUGGGAAGGUCCUCUGGGCACAGUGGCAGUGAUCGGCAUCGCCACCAAGCGGGCGUCCAUGCAGUGCCAAGGCUAUGUGGCACUUCUGGGCAGUGAUGACCAGAGCUGGGGCUGGAACCUGGUUGACAACAACCUUCUCCACAAUGGGGAGGUGAACGGGAACUUUCCACAAUGUAACAAUGCGCCCAAAUAUCAGAUCGGAGAGAGGAUACGGGUGAUUCUCGACAUGGAUGAUAAGACAUUAGCCUUCGAGAGGGGUUUUGAGUUUUUGGGAGUUGCAUUUCGGGGACUCCCAAAGGCCUGCCUGUUCCCUGCUGUCUCCGCGGUCUACGGCAACACUGAGGUCACCAUGGUGUACUUGGGGAAGCCACUGGAUGGCUAGGAGCCACAUCUUGUUGUUUCACCAAAGCAGUCCUUUCCAUUCAUAAUAAGGGUUGUUAAAAUUUGUACUCCAACUCGACAUGAAGUCAAAUGUUUGGGCUAUAAAAAGGACUGUUUAUUUAUGUGUCAGUGUGGGAGCUAAUACAAUUUGGAUACAGACUCCUUUUACAUCCAAGUAUAUCAACUUUUUACACUAUUCAGGGCUGAACACAGAUUUAAAGGCCCAGCCAGACGAUUUUAGACUGUGGCACACACGACUAAAUUUUUAAUAUAAUAAAGCCCGCUAUUGUAUGAGUUCAGGAAACAUCUAAUUAAAGAAUCCCGGUUUAAUAUUUACUAUUAAUUAAGCCACAUCAACACAACCUGACCAAGUAGUUUUUAUGCAUGGGAAGUAAUACAGGGAGAGUAAUAAUUGUAUUUCAUGUCAGUGUGUCUUCUGUGUGUUGCUAUAGUAUUACACUAUCCUAUUUAUUUCUCUGUUUUAUCCAUGGUACUGUUAGAUAAUGUACGGUUUUAAAGCUGGAGAAUAAAGUAAUACUAAAUGCCACUCCAGAAUGAUGGUGUGUUAGUUUAUGAAGAUGUGAGAUCUCAUUGAUGAUCACAUCAAUAGUGGACGUGUCUCGAUGCUGAAAUUGCCACUGUAUAGUGAUCAGGCACUGCAUCUGUUAUUUCCACAGAAUGACUGAUUUCGAUCAACUUUUGAUUUCAAAAUAUUUCCACAAGAGGUCAGUGUAGCAAUUUCCCUAUGUGCGGUAUGCUCUCUAUGCAACAAAGAACUCUCCCAAUGAAUUAUUUCUAUUCAAGAGGUGGCAAAAGUACAUUGUAAAAUACUGUAUAAGUUGACUUUACUCGAAUGAAAAAGCAAACUUGCUGCCUUAGAAAAUGUAAUUUAUGUUACAUUAAUGUGAUGCAAUUUACUUAAUUCAAGUUUUAAGGACUCGACAUUAAGAGUUGGAUGAUAGUAAAUUGCUUUAUUGAAUUUGCAGUACUCAAAUUUACUUCAGUGAGUUAGAUUACAGUAAUUUAUUUAUUGCGAGCUUCCAGUACUAAAGUGAUACCUUAGUUAUCUUAAGUGCUACUCAAUUGUCAUAUGCAGGUAAACUUAUUUUUUUUAACCUGAAAUAAUUCUACAAUAUAAACAGUACAUGCUAAUUUAAUAACAGAUUUUCAAACAGUAAUGACUGUACUCCUAAAUCAAUAUAGGGAUAACACUCAAUGGAUUAACUCAGGGGAUUUAAACUUUAUUUUAAAAUGCUCAACAAUGCAUUUUAGACAUAGGCAACAUUGGCUGUUGACAUGCUGCUGAAUGUUUUGUUACUGCUUGGUGUGAAAUGAACAAUAACUUUAUAUAGUAUAACCAGAGCUCUCUUCAACAUCUACACUUACUUUCAGUGUUGUUAUCCCUACUUUAAAAAAGUGAUUCGUUACAAAUGACUUUUCCCCCAAAAUAAUUGUGUUAGGAACUCUGUUACCUCACUGUAAGAGUAAGUAGUUACUCAGCAAAGUAACUGGUUACUUUUCAUGUUCUACACGUUAUUACAUGAUACAUUCUAUAACAUCUUUCACAUCAAAGAUGUUUAUAUUAAGUGAUUGAAAAGAACUUUUUCAUUAAAAAAAAAAAAAACAUGUCACACUUUUUACUUUUUAACCUUUAAAAAAAAUUUUUUUUUUAAUUUACCUAAAUUAGUGUUAUGGUAUACAAGCUCAAACUUUCAAACGCUAUGGGGGGGGGAGCCUUUUUGUUUUUCCUGUUCUACUGAACCCGCACUGAACCGUGACCUCCCUACCGAGAUACAAACUGAACCGUGACUUGUGUGUAUCGUCAUACCCUAAUAUAUAGUCUAUAGACAUAUGUUUAAAUAUGCAGUGAGGCUCUGAAUCUCCUGCCUCUCCAAUCUUUGCUUUAGUUGUUUUGAUUAAAAAAAACAAAAAAAAAACACAAGGUUCAUGGAUACAUCAUUCAAGAAAAGUUUAGGGCAAGUGACUAUUUUUAAUAAUAAAUAAAAUAAAAUAAAAUUAAAUGUAAAAACUAAUUAUAUAAUAUAUAUACAGGGGUGAAAGUGGCUGCAAUUUCUUGCCGGAACUCCCUGACGUGAAGGUCG